CCUUCGAGAGAAUUAGAUUCGUCUUACGGUUAAUCGUAAAGUGAUUAGACUAGAAUUAUCACGUAACGAGAAAUCGUAGAAUUAUGCGGUCUAUCCAUCUGCCUUUGAAGAUUGCCUGCUGGAACGAUGUUCAAGGUUGCACCUGCAUUUUCUUUAGAUUUCCAAUAGAAUUAAGAAAGGCAACUCGACGCAGCCCGAUUUGGUCAUCCAUCGACCGAGCUAAGCUCGUUAAACGAUGUAUUAUUUUUUAUAUUAUUUCUCGUUCUUCUUCUCUGUCGUGAUAACUCGUCUCCUGUAAUCAAAUAUAUCAGUGGGGCUUGUUGCAUCAAUUAUUUAAUUAACCGCGAGCUUUUUUCCCCCCUUAGUUUGUGGGAGCGCGUGGGUGAGGUACGGUUUACGUUUACCGCGUGGCAUGAAUGACAGAGAGUAAAUGUCGUUAAAUGGCCGUGGAAUCCCGACGAGAAAGGCUGGGCGACUCCGAGCGAAAGAUUUAUAGUUACAGUAAUUAUAUUAGAAGUAGAAUCUACGUAAUGUUGGAGCCAACAAUGCAAACUUUGGCAACGACAAGGAUUGUUUUGGCCAGUGGUUCUCCGAGGCGAUUGGAAAUACUUAAAAAAUUGGGGUUGAACAUAGAGGUGGUCCCUUCGUUGUACGAUGAAAAUUUAGAUAGGUCUCUGUAUAAAAACUCAGGGGAGUAUGUGCAGGAUAUAGCCAAAUACAAAGUCCAAGAAGUGUACGAUAGAUUAUCCAAGGAAGAUACUGCACGACCUAAUUUAAUAAUAGGAGCAGAUACCAUGGUCACAAUGGGAAAUAUUAUUUAUGGCAAACCUAAGAAUGAGUCUCAUGCUUUUGAGAUGUUAUCAAGUUUAGCUAACAGAGAACACAUUGUGUACACUGGGGUUUGUUUGAAGACACCAAACAAGGAAGUGAACUUCUAUGAAUUGACUAAAGUUAAAUUUGGUGAUAUAUCCGAGGAACAGAUAUGGACUUAUAUAAAAACAAAGGAACCACUAGAUAAAGCUGGUGGAUACGGUGCACAAGGUCUGGGUGGUUGUUUGAUUGAAAGAAUAGAUGGUGAUUUUUAUACAGUUAUGGGAAUGCCACUGUACAAGACCGUAAAAAAGUUAAAUGAAAUGUUUGGUAGCGAUUGAAUGCAUGUAAUCACGAGUUCGUAGAUUGUAUAUAAGUUAUUUUGUAAUAAAAGUCAAGCUUUACUCCAA